AUGCCAUCGCAGAGCCUUAUAGUUGGCGUUGAUCUCUCCCCUAUCAAGCCGAUCCCUAAAGUCAUCACGUUCCAAAGCGACAUCACAACUGAUAAGUGCAGGGCCACAAUUCGACAACACUUCAAGACUUGGAAGGCAGACACAGUACUUCACGACGGUGCGCCGAAUGUCGGUACUGCCUGGGUUCAAGACGCUUUCUCCCAGGCGGAAUUAGUUUUACAGUCAUUAAAGCUAGCAACGGAAUUCCUGGUACCCGGGGGCAGUUUUGUCACGAAGGUCUUCAGAUCAAAAGAUUAUAAUCCUCUUCUUUGGGUUUUCAAACAGCUCUUCACCACAGUGGAAGCCACCAAACCGCCAUCAUCUCGAAAUGUGUCCGCUGAAAUCUUCGUUGUCUGCCUCGGAUUUAAAGCACCCAAACAUAUAGACCCCAAGUUCCUGGACCCCAAGCAUGUCUUUGCAGAAUUGCAAGAUCCAAACCCGAAUAAUGAGGCCAAAGUUUUCAAUCCAGAAAAGAAGAAGAGAAAGAGAGAUGGAUACGAAGAAAAUGACUGGACCCAGCACAAAGUAUUACCAGCGACGGAGUUCAUAAACACCAUAGAUCCUAUAUCAAUUUUGGGUUCGUAUAACAAACUCACAUUUACUCAAUCGCCGGGCGGGGAUCUCGCACUUGCUACACUGGAGCGAUUACCAGAGACAACCAACGAAAUACGGAUGUGCUGUGAGGAUCUCAAGGUUCUCGGUAAAAAGGAUUUCCGACAACUGUUGCGAUGGAGGAUCAAAGUGCGCGAGAAAUUUGGACUAGCGGUGAAAAAGGGGCCAAAGAAUGAGGAAGCAACUGAAGAGAUUGCCGAAGUUGAACCCAUGGACGAGGAACUUGCCCUCCAAGAAGACCUUAGGCGUAUGCAUGAGCGUGAGACUUCUAAAAACAAACGAGAACGGCGAAAAGAGAAUGAGCGAAAAAGAAAGGACAUUGUCAGAUUACAGAUGAAUAUGACAACGCCAAAGGAAAUAGGAAUGGAGCAGGCUGGUCCCCUGGGAGAUGGAGCAAUGUUCAGAUUACGGACAGCAGAGAAAUUACCGGCUGCACGCUCAAUAUCUGCUAGUAGUAUGACGGCUGCGUUAGAAAGCAGUAGUGAAGAGGAAGAAGGUUUUAGCGAAGAGGAUUCAGAUGAAGACGGUGACCGAUUAGAACGUCAGCUUGAUGAACUUUACUCCCAAUACCAGGAAGCACGCGACAGUCGAGAUGCCAAAUUACGGGCCAAAAAGUCUCGCAAGGAUUACGAAACAGAGGAGUGGGAAGGCUUUUCUGAUGAGAGAGAAGGAGAGGAAUCAGACGACGAAUCUCCUCGGACAUUCCCUGUAGCACCUGUGGGAGACCAUGUCAAGGGUCUUUCCAACAAGGCCGCUAUGUUUUUCGAUCAAGAUAUAUUCCGCGAUCUUGGAGCCGUUGAGGAUGGAGAAGCAAGCGAUGACCCCAGUGCCACAAAGGCAAAUGGCAUGGCCAAAGAACAAUCUACUGUCACUAAAGAAGAGGAAACCAACAAUAAACGAGAAGCUACUUCACCCUCUCCGUCUGUAGCUAGUGAUUCCAGCUACCAGGAGAUCAAGCUAGGCAAGCCAGAAAUCUUUGAAGAUGACGACGACCCCCAGUUAAACGAUGACCCACGGAAGAAAAAUGGACAACUUGAUGUCGACAUAAUAACAGCCGAAGCCAUGGCUUUAGCCCAUCAAAUGGCCAGGGGGGAGAAAACCACGGAAGACUUUGUUGACGAUGGUUUCCAUAGGUAUUCAUUCCGCGAUGUUGACGGUCUUCCGCAGUGGUUCCUCGAUGACGAGAACCAACAUUCAAAAAUACAAAGGCCGAUAACUGCCGCAGCAGCGGCAGCUAUCCGAGAGAAGAUGCGCGCUAUCAAUGCCCGGCCGAUCAAGAAGGUCCGUGAAGCCAAGAGCAGGAAGAAAUUCAAACAGGCUCAGAAGCUGGAAAAACUACGCAAGAAGUCAUCGCUGUUAGCCGAGGAUGAAGGCAUCAGUGAAAGAGAUAAGGCCCAAUCAAUUGCGAAAAUGAUAAGCAAGGCCACUAAGAAAAAGCCAAAGCAGAGCGUCAAGCUUGUGGUAGCUAGAGGAGGGAAUAAGGGCAUUUCCGGUCGUCCUCGGGGAGUCAAGGGACGCUACAAGAUUGUUGAUGCUCGGAUGAAAAAAGAUAUCAGAGCAGAAAAGAGAUUGGCGAAGAAAAAGAGCAAAUGA